ACUUUACUUGCUGUUUCGAAGUACAAACCUGCCUCCGAUGUGCUUGCGUGCUACGAGCAUGGGCAACGUGACUUUGGAGAAAACUAUGUACAGGAGUUGGUUGAAAAGGCUGAACAACUGCCCGUAGAUAUACGAUGGCAUUUUAUUGGGACAUUGCAAUCAAACAAGUCGAAGAUUCUUGCAUCUAUUCCGAAUAUAUAUGCUAUCCAAACUGUCACUUCGGCGAGGGCAGCUACUGCACUCAACAAAGCAUUGCCAAUAGAACGUACAUCACCACUCAAUGUCCUCCUUCAGGUCAAUACAUCAGGAGAAGAUGUAAAAUCAGGGCUACCUCCUCUCGUCGAAUCAUCUCCAUCCGACUCAGAGCUCGUACAGCUCGCACGCCAUAUCAUUACCACAUGUCCCCGUCUUCGCCUUCAAGGCUUAAUGACGAUUGGCUCUCUCACGGAGUCGCUUGCUUCAUCAGAGAAAGCGAACGAGGAUUUCGAGACGCUGAAAGGGACUCGCGAUGAACUUCAUAGGCAACUCGAAUUGGAUGAGAACCUGCAGAAGGGAGGUGGUGAGUGGGGGGAGGAUGGAAAGUUGCUGCUGAGCAUGGGUAUGUCGAGUGACUUUGAAUCUGCCUUGAAGGCAGGAAGUGACAUAGUUAGGGUGGGCACGAGUAUAUUCGGAGCAAGGCAAAAGAAGAGUGAA